GACUCUGUUUGGCGCAUCGGGCAAAGCGUUAAGAAAACGGGUGGCCGCGAUGGAAGCAAGUGGCCAGGGCCGGGUCGAUUGCGUGAGGCUCCCGGUCCCGCCAUCCAACACUACUGUCUCGGGCGUCCACUUUAAGAUCUGGUAUGAGGACCGAGUCCGCUCAUUCUUUGUGGCGGAUUGCGGCUCGACUAACGGGACGUGGUACGCCGAGCCUGCGCUGGCUGAGGAGCUCAAAGACUACCGCUUCCUCGGCGAUCGCUACGAGGACGCCGGCGCGCAGUGCGUCAUGGCGCUCAAGCCGCUCUCUUCGUUCAAGGCGGCAGACACCGUGUUUGUGGUGGAGGAUGUGAUUCUGCCGGCCGGUUUGGGGCUUGGUGCCACUGAGGCGCUUGACCUUGACGCCACAGCGUCGUCGACUGGCGGACGCGCGGCGACCCUACCCGAGUCGCGGCCUGUCGACACUGUCAUCCAGAUGCUACGCGGACCGCUCGCCGGCGCCCACUACGUCCGCGAGUUCCCACAGACCUACGCACUAGGGCGCGCGCCAGGCAAGCCCUCACUGCAUGCACCGGGCGCGGUCCCGGUUCUUGUCGAGACCGACGACCCACAUCUCUCACGCCACCACCUCAACCUGCGGUUCGUCACCCCACCCGAUGCUGCCGAGCCGGGCACGUACAUGGUCGACGUGCUCUCGACGACAUACUACUGCCGCAAGUUGGCGCUUGGCCGGAUCGAUGCGCAGCUCGACGCCCUGCCGUGGCGCCGGCUCGAGCCCGGGUCGUCCAAGCUCCUCCGCCACGACGACCUCGUCCGCGCCGGCUCGGUCAUCUUUCUGGUCACCUCGCACGCCGAAGUCCCGCGCAAGAUGGACCCGCCGUACCUGGUGGCAUCUUCGCCGUCGUCGCUCUUUCUCAAAUGGGAUCCGCCGCUGUCGCCGACCACCCUUCGCGGCUUUGUCCUCGCCAUCUCGGACGGGCAGCCUGGCACCGCCGCCGAAAAGUGGCGCAAGCUGUACGGCGGUCCACUGCGCGAGUUUGUGGCCCAGGGCCUCAAGCCCUCGUCGUACUACUGGUUUCGCAUCCAUGCCCGCAACUCGGGCGGCGACGGCCCGUGGUCCAAGGUCAUCCGGUUCCUCACCGUCGCCUCGGACGACGACGGCUCGGCCGGCAACCUCACGCCUACCGUCUCGCUAUCGAUGGCGUCGGUGGCAUCGCCGCUCGGCCAGCGGCGAAUCGCCUUUGGCCCCACAACUGCUGCGGCUGGGCCUCAUGACCCAGAGCCCGAGUCGGACGACGAUGCGACAGCAUCAGUGACGAUGACCGGGCCGAUCGGCGGUGGUGGCGGCGGCGAGUCGAGCGCUGCGCUCGACUCGAGUACCUUUACGCUCUCCACCAUCAAGGCGACGAUGGAGCCGGCGCUGCUGUCCUCGGGCAGCCUCCCUGCGUCCGACUCGGGCCGUGACGCCGUGACGCUCAUCCGCGAAGCACUGGCGAGCUCGGACGACCUGUCCUGGCGAGUCCGAUCGGUGCUCGGCGUUGGCGGCCAGGCCCGGGUCUACCUCGCGCACAUGGAGGCACCGGUCUCGAUGCCGGUGGCGGUCAAGGAGUACCAGCUCGCUGAGGGCGACACUUCUGGCCUCGCCGACGUGACCCACCGGAUCAAUGCCAUUCUGGCGACGUUGGACCACCCCAACAUUGUGCGGUUCUACGGCUCGGCAACGCGAGCGCAGGCCGACGCGGCAGUCACCGUUGUCCAUGUCUUUCUUGAGUACGUGGCCGGCGGCUCGCUCUCGCGGAUGCUUGCUGAUCUCAAGUCUGGCCUCUCUGAGCCAGACGCCGCACACUACCUCGGCCAGAUGGUUGCUGGCGUGGCAUACCUCCACCGGCACAGCGUGAUCCACGGCGAUCUCAAGCCCGACAAUGUGCUGCUCAAGGUCGACGGCCACCGGACUGUGGUCAAGCUUGCCGACUUUGGCGGUGCCUCGCUGCUCUCGGGCGCCGACCACACUUCCGCCUUUGUUGGCACGCCGCAUUUUAUGGCGCCCGAGGCCAUCCGCACCGAGACGGCUACGCCCGAGUCGGACGUCUGGUCGCUCGGAUGCACGCUGCUGGAGAUGCUGACCGGGCGCAUGCCGUGGUCGCACCUCAACAAGCAGGCCGCCAUUUUCUCGAUCGGCACCACGCUCUCGGGCCCCAGCCGGCCCGAAAGCCUCUCUCAUCCAGCCUCGCUCUUCCUAGACGCAUGCUUUGCGCUCGAUCCCGCAGCGCGCGCGUCGGCGACCGACCUGCUCGACCACCCGUUUGUGCUCGGAGGGGGCGACGCUGCCGAGUGCGGUGACGCUACCAACGCCAGCGCGCGGCGGGUGUCGUCGACAGCCGCUGCGCCAGUGGCGGACGUGGCCCGCAGCUCGGGAAGCCCGCCACAUGCGGGGAGCAGGCGAAGCUCGUCGCGGUCCCCGAUGCGAGCGUCGCACGGCCGCGGCUCGCCGUCUGGCGGCGCGUCGGACGUUGUCGCCUUUGAGGAGCUCAACGUGCUCGCUGCACACGGCGAGAGCGAGUUUGUGUGCGAGUGCCAGGACGGGACUGAGGUUGUGGUUCGCUUUCUCGGGCAGAGCGCGUCAGCGGAGACGCUGGCACGGGUCGAGGCCAUGGCCUCGAUGCGGCACCCAAACUGCAUUCUCUUCCGCGGCUCGUGCACCCGGCUUGUUGCAGGCACUGUUGCCACGGGCUACAUGGUCGAGUACAUGAGCUCGACACUCGCAAGUCUGGUCGCCGAGCCGGACUUUGGCUCGAGCUGCCCGCUGCUUGCCAAGCUGUUGCUGGUCAAGAACAUCGCGUCGGGCCUGUACUAUCUCCACGCACAGAAUGUGACACACGGUGCACUUGUUCCAUGGAACGUGCUCUACGACCCGCGGUCGCGGUCGUGCAAGGUCGGCGAGCUCGGCAGAGUCUCGCCGUUCUACCUCGGCUCGCAGCCCGACGCGGUCUGCGGCUCGCUGCAUCUCUACCUCGCACCAGAAGUUGCGCUCUUUGACGCGCUCACCCCGUCAGCCGACGUCUUCUCGCUCGGCGCCAUCCUCAUGCUCGUUGUCUUUGGCCUUGCACCCUACACCGGGCUUGACGCAUCCGAGCCCGGCGGAGCGCACACCUCGUCGCCACCGCACACGGCGCUGCUCACCCUCGCCUCGGACGCGGGCAUCGCCACCGCCUGGUCCGACAUCCAGCGCGCCUGCUGCGAGCUUGUUGCCGACUGCCUCGCCCUCAAGGCCUCUGCCCGUCCGCCCAUCGAGGAAGUGGUCCGCAAGCUCAAAGCGCUCGUCGCACAGGGCUACGCCUCGUAAACGCUUUCUCGGCGCA